CUUGUGGUGGGCUCCUCACCUACCUCCUACUCCCUCACUCGAUCUGAGGUCCCAUUCUGCCGUCCAAGCAGGCAUCCAGCUCUUCCUGCACCGUCUUUUAUGAACGUGCGGAGUCGGAGAGCUCUCUGCUCUCUGCUGCUCUCCCCUUUGCCCACCUCUCUAUCAUUUCUCCACAGCCUAGACCUUCUGUCUGCUGGAUUACUGUGGAUUUGACAAACGGACGGCGGCCCACCCCCACAUCGCUGCUUGUCCAUCGGGCGGCCACUGUAGCAUCGAAGCUUUGUGUUCUUGCCGGGGUUUUGGGCAGUGAAAGAUUGGGGUUUUCUUGGUCCUGGGAAAUCUGUCCAGGUUCGUCUCUCUCCGUGUGAAGGAAGUUUCUGAGGUUGGCUGGAGUCAAGAUUUCCGGCUCGGCGGUCGCGAAUCCUCUGCUUUUUUACUCCGAUUUGGGUACUCCCGUUCUCGAUUCCUGGCGUUUGGGCCGGAGCUUCUGUUUUGUUCUUUCUGAAAUCGAAGGGAAAGAGCUCCGUUUUGGUUGCGAGUUCUUUCUCAAGAUUUGAGGCGGCAUUCAGAUUUCGGUUACCUGUGUUUGUGUUCUUGGUUUUUCUCCGAAGGUUAUCGGUCUCCGCCGCCGCAGAUGUGCGGAUUUGAGGUGGAAUCGCAGUGAGAGGGAGGGUUCAAGAGUUGUUCCUGGCACUGAUGAUUGUGGUGGUUUAGUAAUUUCUAGUGCUCUAUUUGGCAAGUUGAGGGGUUCUAUUUUCGGUGCAUGCAAGGGGAGAGUCACUUUCGGCCAUUGGGGAGCUCUCAAUCUCAGCCGUGAGGUUUUGAGGUGGGAGUGAUCAAGGUUGAAGGAGAUGCUUAUGGCGUCGAUGUCAGACAGCGAGACGACAAACCGGGGCAGCAUGUGGGAACUAGAUCAGAACCUUGAUCAGCCCAUGGACGAGGAGGCCAGUCAGCUGAAGAACAUGUACAGAGAAAAGAAAUUUUCGUCAAUUUUGUUACUGCGGCUCGCAUUUCAAAGCCUCGGGGUAGUAUUUGGUGACUUGGGUACAUCACCAUUGUAUGUUUUCUAUAAUAUCUUUCCACAUGGUGUUGACGAAGAUGAGGAUGUAAUUGGAGCUCUAUCCUUGAUCAUUUACACACUCACUCUCAUCCCUCUGAUGAAGUAUGUUUUUGUCGUCUUGCGAGCUAAUGAUAAUGGUCAAGGUGGCACAUUUGCUCUUUAUUCUCUGCUGUGCCGGCAUGCAAAGGUCAGCACUAUACCCAACCAACAUAAGACAGACGAAGAAUUAACAACUUAUAGUCGGCAAACUUAUGAGGAGAAUUCACUUGCAGCAAAAGUGAAGAAAUGGCUAGAGGGGCAUGCAUAUAAAAAGAACUGUCUUCUUAUUCUUGUUCUCAUUGGUACCUGUACCGCCAUUGGAGAUGGGAUCCUUACUCCUGCAAUCUCAGUUCUUUCAGCAGCAGGUGGAAUAAGGGUUCAGAAUCAGAAUAUGAGUACAGAUGUGGUUGUAAUCGUCGCAGUGAUCAUAUUAAUUGGCUUAUUCUGCAUGCAACACUAUGGGACAGAUAAAGUUGGGUGGCUCUUUGCACCAUUGGUGCUCCUUUGGUUUAUUCUAAUUGGGAGCGUUGGGUUAGUGAACAUACACAAAUACAACAGUUCUGUUCUAAAAGCAUAUAACCCGGUCUACACCUUCCGGUAUUUUAGACGGGGCAAGUCUGAGAUUUGGACAUCUCUUGGAGGGGUCAUGCUUAGCAUCACAGGGACUGAAGCAUUGUAUGCUGAUCUAUGUCACUUCCCUGUACUGGCUAUUCAGAUUGCGUUCACCUUAGUGGUGUUCCCUUGCCUUCUACUGGCGUACACUGGGCAGGCUGCCUACAUUAUUGACCACAAGGAUCAUGUAGUUGAUGCCUUCUACCGCUCCAUUCCAGAGGCAAUAUACUGGCCAGCCUUCAUCAUAGCAACUCUUGCGGCAGUAGUUGCAAGUCAAGCAACCAUAUCUGCCACCUACUCAAUAAUUAAGCAAGCUCUUGCACUGGGCUGUUUCCCCCGUGUCAAUGUUGUGCAUACCUCAAAGAAAUUUCUGGGGCAGAUUUACAUCCCUGACAUCAAUUGGGUACUUAUGAUUCUUUGCAUUGCUGUAACUGCUGGAUUCAAGAAUCAAAGCCAGAUAGGAAAUGCAUAUGGCACUGCAGUGGUGAUUGUUAUGCUAGUUACAACAUUUCUCAUGAUCCCAGUGAUGCUGCUGGUAUGGAAGAGCCACUGGAUACUUGUUGUCAUCUUCCUUGUACUCUCCUUGACGGUUGAGCUCCCAUACUUCACGGCCUGCAUAAAUAAAGUGGAUCAAGGUGGCUGGGUUCCACUAGUCAUCGCAAUAACCUUCUUCGUCAUCAUGUACGUGUGGCAUUUCUGCACCGUGAAGCGCUAUGAAUUUGAGAUGCACAGCAAGGUCUCUAUGGCUUGGAUUCUGGGACUGGGGCCAAGCCUUGGCCUUGUCAGGGUCCCUGGGAUAGGCUUUGUGUACACGGAGCUGGCAAGUGGCGUCCCGCACAUCUUCUCUCAUUUCAUCACCAACCUCCCUGCCAUCCACUCAGUUGUUGUCUUCGUUUGCGUCAAGUACCUCCCGGUAUAUACAGUGCCAGCCGAGGAACGGUUCAUCAUGAAGCGGAUUGGGCCAAAGAACUACCACAUGUUCCGUUGCGUCGCGAGAUAUGGAUACAAGGACAUCCACAAGAAAGAUGACAACUUUGAGAAGAUGCUCCUCGACAGGCUCCUGAUAUUUGUCAGACUGGAGAGCAUGAUGGAUGGCUACUCUGACUCCGAGGACUUCACCAUUAUGGAGCAGAAGGCCGAGAGAUCCAGCAGAUCACUUCAGCUGAUCGAGAAGGCUGGGGGCAACACACUGAGCUCCAUCGGUGACCUGAGCUACUCAUCACAGGACUCCAUCGUUCCAGCCAAGUCGCCCCUGACAGGGAACAGCCUGACAAGGUACUCAAGCCAGACAUUCGGCGACGAGCUGGAGUUCCUGAACCGGUGCAAGGACGCAGGCGUCGUGCACAUCCUUGGGAACACGGUCGUGCAGGCGCGCAGGGACUCGGGGUUCGUGAAGAAGGUUGCUGUGAAUUAUGUGUAUGCCUUCCUUAGGAAGCUGUGCAGAGAGAACAGUGUGAUCUUCAAUGUCCCACAUGAAAGCCUCCUGAAUGUAGGGCAGAUAUACUAUAUAUGAACAUUUUUGUUUCAUUCUUUUGUUCGGUUUUGAAGUGAGAGCAGUUCUGACCUGCUGCUGCGCUGUGCUAGGCGGAUGAACAUUGUACAUGAUGGUCGGUCCUAGAGUAAAGCUUUUAGUCAAGUUUUGCGGCUUUCCAGAGCACAUAGAUUACUUACUGUUACUGGUGUUGCCGUUAGUACAUUCUAGAUGACAGGAUGAGGCUUGCUGUUGCUGAUAGUUGUAUCCGAAUGCCAUUUCUCCAUGGUAAGACAAAUUGGUUUCCCCUGACCAAAUGUCAACCAUUGCAGCUGCUUGCAGCAUGCAACUGUCCGGCAAAAAUGUGAUCAUGUUUAUCUUCA